CCGAUUUUUUAACGCCUCAUAAUGACGUCAGUUUCAAAAAUGGCGGAAGGAGGGCCUCCGGAUUGCGAGACGCAGAAGGAAACUAUCACUAAUUUGCUCAAAAUACCUAUGAAAAAAGAUGAUAUAUGGUACUUGAUUGAUAGUCGAUGGUUCAAACAAUUUAAGAAAUAUAUAGGUUUCGACAACUGGGAUACGCUCGGUGCGGGGGAGCAGAGUAGCUUUCCCGGUCCAAUCGACAACGCUCCUCUAUUUAAAGAGGAUAGGAAGGCGCUCAGGGAGCAUCUAAUAGAGGAAGUAGACAUGGUUUUAGUGCCGGAGGAGGCGUGGAAGCGGCUAGUCAGCUGGUAUGACACAGUAGAGGGGCAGGAGCCAAUAGCCAGACAGGUCGUUGAGCACGGCAUGUUCGUGAAGCAGUGUAAGGUGGAGGUCUACCUGGUAGAGUUCAAGCUCUGUCAGAACAACGACCUUGAGAACUACGUCACGCAGCAGUUCAGCAAGGCCGAUACGAUAGAGCACAUAGAGAAGAAAAUGCGCACACUGUUUAGCAUAGAAGACAGCAAAGAAACGCGGCUGUGGAACAAGUAUAUGAGUAACACAUACGAACACUUGAACAAGAAGGAUCACACGGUGCAGGACGCGGGGCUGUAUCAGGGACAGGUGCUUGUGAUAGAGCAGAAGAAUGAGGAUGGCACAUGGCCGCGCAUGAAGAGCACGGGAACGCUCGGCUAUUCCUCCCUCCCCUCCGCCGUCGUCACCGCGACAACGACGACGACCGCCACAGCAUCCGCGUCCGUCGGCACGGCAACGAGUAGCAGCAGCGGCGCGGAAACGCGAUCGCAGUCCCUUCGGUCGUACGGGGGAUCGUAUGGGGGCGGCAGCUACGCGACGGGAGCGUACGGUGGCAGCGAAGGUAACGGCGCAGGAGAGAAGAGCGCGAGCGUGCAACCGGGACUCUGCGGACUAGCGAAUUUAGGCAAUACCUGCUUCAUGAACUCGGCGCUACAGUGCAUGAGCAAUGUGCGUCCGAUCACGAAGUACUUCCUCGAUGAGCGCCACCUGGCGGAGCUGAACGCGGAGAAUCCGCUCGGCAUGCGCGGCGAGAUCGCCAUCGCGUACGGACACCUCAUCAAGCAGAUGUGGUCGGGUCGCCACGGUUACACCGUGCCACGCGACUUCAAGGUGGCAGUGAGCAGGUUUGCGCCGCAGUUUUCGGGCUACCAGCAGCACGACUCGCAGGAACUGCUGGCGUUUCUCCUCGACGGUCUACACGAGGAUCUGAAUAGGAUCAAGAAGAAACCUUACAUUGAAUUGCGAGACCAUGACGGUCGACCAGACGAGGAGGUUGCGCGCGAGGCGUGGUUCAACUACCGGCAGCGCAACGACUCGAUCAUCGUCGACACGUUCCACGGACUCCUCAAGUCCACCCUCGUCUGCCCCGAAUGCAGCAAGAUCUCGGUGACCUUUGACCCUUUCUGCUACCUGUCGCUGCCGCUGCUGCCGGUGAAGAAAGAGCGGCAGAUCGAGGUGUUCCUGAUGCCGGCGGCGCCACAGGGCAAGCCGAAACAGCAACAGCGCAACAGCGGUAACUGGCAGCUAUUCGGCCAGCCGACCGUACUGUCGGUGCCGCGUGCGACCUGCACGUACGACGACCUCUACAACCUCGUACUCGAGAAGAUGAGGAGGUAUGUGCGUCGGCCGCAGGACGACGAUGAGUGGUGCAGCAACUCUGAAGACGAGCCGAACGGAGAGAUCGAGAUGAACAGCGAGGAGGAAGGCGACGUUGCCGACGGCAACGAGAUCGGACGCGGGCGGGCGGCGGCGAAGGCCGAUCGCAUCGUUGCCAACGGCGACGCGGACAACAACAAGCAGCAGAAGCGCAUGUUCGAGUUCCGCAUCAUCAACUCGAACGGAAGCUCCGAGAUCGGCCGUUUCCGCGACGACGGCAAGCCAAUCAAGUUCCCAAGUGAGUACUGUCCUCAGUGUAAGAAGCAUCAGCAGGCGACAAAGCAGUUUGACCUGUGGCAGCUUCCGCGCGUGCUCGUUAUCCACCUGAAACGCUUCUCCUACAACCGCUACUGGCGCGACAAGAUCGACACACUCGUCGAGUUUCCCAUCAGCGGAUUGAACAUGGCGAAAAAUGUGAUCAACCCGAUGCAUCCACCCGUCGUUGACUACGACCUAAUCGGAGUCACCAACCAUUAUGGCGGCAUGGGCGGAGGCCAUUACACGGCUUAUGCAAAGAACAAGGACGACUCGCACUGGUACUACUUUGACGACAGCAGCGUUUCGGCUGCUAACGAGGAAUCGUGCGUGUCGAAAGCCGCGUACGUUCUCUUCUACGCGCGCCGCGAUCCUAGCGCCCCCUGUGAACGACAGCCGCAGUUGAUCCAGCCGCCCCGGGCCGGCUGUUGGGUGGCGCCCUCUGCAUCCGCCGGCGCGCCCAACGGCGACAACUCGACAGACGACGAAGAACAGAUGGACGUCAACUAGGCGGCAGCGCGCGCGCGAGAGAGAGACGCUCGUCUGUUUUCGAGAGGAGCCGUUCGCUCCCUGGGUUUCGCCACCAGGUGGCGCCGGCGAGCGGGUGCGACGAGGUGUAUAAUUUUGUUGUCGGGAGCCGAGAAAGCUGUCACUGACGACGCAACAUGCUAGAUGUAAAAUUAUUUGAGAGAUUCGUGAGAGAGAGAGAGAGAGAGAGAGAGAGAGAGAGAGAGAGAGAGAGAGAGAGAGAGAGAGAGA